AGAUUUGUUGUGAUAGCAAUACAUAUGCAAUGGGUUAUAAGCAACUGUUUGAGAAUUUCGAGAAUGUCAACGAGCCGAGCGAAUGCAAACUGAUUGGAAGUGUCCCAUCAUGGCUUAGCGGUACAAUGCUUCGAAAUGGACCUGGAAUGUUCAAGCUUGGCGGAACUGAAUACAAGCAUUGGUUCGAUGGAUUGGCUUACAUUCAGAGAUAUCACUUUUCCAAUGGCAAAAUGUUCUAUUCGGCUCGCUACCUAGAAAGUGAGGCAUAUAAGGCGUGUAUGGCUGCACAGCGAUUGGUAGCUACAGCUUUCGGCACAAGAUCUUGUGGAGAAUUGGCCAGCACAUUUUCAACUGAGAAUGAGCUACGAGACAACUGUCUUAUUGCUUUCACAACAGUUGGUGAUGCUGUCUACGCUUUGACGGAAAUUCCUUGUUUAGCCAGGGUUGACAUUGACUCGCUUGACUACAAAGACAGGGUUGACAUCCGUGACCAUUUGAAGAUCGUCCUUCAUACUUUCACGGCCCAUACCCACACUGAUCCUGCGGGAAAUAUUCUAAACAUCGGAAGCCAAUUUGGAAGGAAAUCGAACUACAUUUUUGCGGAGAUAAAAAAUCCGUUGAAAAUCGAAGGAGCAAAAAGCCCGCACAGCUUCGAGUAUACAGAGCUGCUAGGUAUGGUACCAGCUACGGACGCUCUGGCUCCAGCAUACUAUCACUCAUUUGGAGUGACUGAAAAUUACUUUAUACUUUUCGAAUCUCCGGAGAGAAUCAAUAUAAUGAAGAAAGCACAGAAGAAGGAAGGAGAAGCCCAAAAAUGCAUCAAUGAGUGCAUGUACUGGGACGAAAAGGCUAAAAGUGUAAAUGUUAUCAUUUUUGAUAGGAUAAAGCGUACAAAGAUUGAGCGGAAGAUCACUUCGGAUGCAUUUUUUACCUACCAUCAUGCGAAUGCCUACGAAAAGGACGGAUACCUGGUAGUAGACUACUGCAAAAUGCUAAAUCCUGGCAAUUUGGACGAUUUUUUACUCGAACACAUGCGUGAUGGAACCUACAAAACUAGAAACCCGAACCUUGCUCCAUACCUCCAUAGGAUGAUCAUACCGUUGACCGUAAGCGACAGCCGCAAACCCGACGAAGAUCUGCUAUCUUCUUGCUCUUUCGCCAACUUCGGAUGUAAAGCAGUUUUGCGAAUGGACGGAAGCAUUCAUUGCACCGAUGUGAAGAUGAGCGAAAUUUCAUUUGACUUUCCCCGCUACAACUACGAUCUCAACAUGAAGGACUAUCGUUACGUUUAUGGCGCCGACGUAUUCUGUGGCAAUUCGAAAAAUGGAAUAAUCAAAGUCGAUCUCAAAAAUAGAACAAGCAAAGUGUGGUUUAUGGACAAUGAUUCCCAAAUAUGCGCUGAACCCAUCUUGGUCAACAAGCCAGACUAUAAGAAAGAAGAUGAUGGCAUACUGCUUGUUCCCGUGAUGACUACGAUAAAGAAUGAUACUCCAUACGUGGCUAUAAUCGAUGCCGAAACGUUAAAAGAAAUGGGCCGUUUCCUUGUUCCACAAUCCAGAAUUCCAUUUGGUUUCCACUCCCAUUACACUCCACGCUAAGCUAAAAAAAGGCGACAGUGUUCAAAUCCUUUAUACAUUCAUACAUCGGUUUCCGGUUUGGUUCAGAUUACGAAAUUUAACCUUGCU